AUGGCUUCUUACACUCGUGAACGUCAAAUCGCAGAGCUCGCCGUCUUGCGGGCCUCAAUUCUUACUAAGAGGGUGCAGUCAACCGUCAGCGGAAUCUCAAAAGCCGACGACUCGCCAGUAACUGCUGCUGAUUUUGCCGCUCAGGCGGUUCUUAUCAGUGCUCUUCGCAAGGCCUUUCCUGGUGAUGCCUUUGUUGGAGAAGAGGACUCCAGCGCUCUAAGAGAAGAUGACGCCUUGAAGCAGCGUGUAUGGGAACUGGCUUCCAGCGCCCAUCUGGAGAACCCAGACGAUGAAGCAUUGCUUGCCAGCCCCGAGAACGUUGAAGAGCUUCUUGAGGUGAUUGACCUCGGAGGUCGUGGCCAGGGUGGCAAAAAGGGGCGCUUCUGGGUUAUGGAUCCCAUCGACGGAACCGCUACGUUCCUCAAGGGUGAACAGUAUGCUGUGUCCCUGGCGUUGGUAGAGGAUGGCCAAGAAGUUGUCGGUGUUCUGGGUUGUGCGAACCUGAAACCAGUAGAUGGAAGAAUUUCAGAGUCGACUAUUGAUAAGGACGGUUUGGGUCUCAUGCUCACCGCGGUUCGCGGACAGGGUGCAACGAUCCGCAAGAUGGAAUUCAACGGUCUCCAGCCCGCUCAGCCUCUUGACAGCAUCGCCAAAGCUUCCAGCAUCGCUGAUUCCCAGAUCAUCAACUACUCCAGCGGCUCUACCUCUCGCCACGACCUCAUUACCAAGCUUGCCGACUCCUUCGGUGCCAAGUUUCCUAACAUUGAGCUGUACUCCUCUCAUAUCCGUUACGCAGCACUUCUGGUUGGCGGUGGCGAUUUUCAGCUUCGUGUACCUUCGUCUGGCAGUGUACGCAUGUAUAUCUGGGACCAUGCCGGCGCCCAGCUUAUCUUGACUGAGGCUGGUGGUAAAGUGACAGAUCUUGAUGGCAAGGAAAUGGACUUUGGAGCCGGAAGAGACUUGAACCAAAACAACGGCCUGCUCGCAGCUAGAGAAGGGAUCCAUAGUGCGGUUCUGGAGGGUAUGGGCAAGCUUCUGGCUGAAGACGCUUCGCGUUGA